AUGAAAUUCUACUUUUGGGAAUGGACUGGUUUCAGAAGACCCAAAGAAAUAAGAUUAGAAAAGCUAGAAGAGAAAGACCCUUGGGAUAAUGAUAGUGAAGAUAUGUUUGAUGGACUUAUCUACAAGAAUGAGGAGUUGAACAAGGCAGAGGGGUAUUACACAAAAGAAGUAUCAGACAAGAAAGAUGAACUUUACACUAACCUGUGUAAAGAUGAAACUAUCUCUGUCAUUUAUCUGACAAAUAUUGUCAAACUUUUUACUAAGGUGCAAGAUGAAUCAAUUGUAAUCGAACAACUGAAAAAAUUUAUGCAGACUGAUGCCCUCGAUGAAAAAGAAAAGAGAAAAAAUGAAGAAUUCAAAAUAGAGAAAGAAAUCUAUAUGAUAUUGGCUAAAGAACAAGUAGGCAGAAAUUGGAAUAAUUACGAAGAAGAAUCUGGAGAUAAAAUGUAUGACUUUGGAGAGUAUAUGUACUUGCUUGAAAAUAUUCUUGUCAACCCUGAAGAGGAGAAAGAAGUUGAGACAUUUUUAGUUACUACCUAUGAUGAAUUUGAAAUUGAUAAUGAACUGAAAAUUGAUUAUGAAUUGAACAAAGAGGAACCUACCACAAUUGCCAUUCUAGGCAAAGAGCCACUUGACCUAUACAAUAAUGAGAAAUAUAUUGCUGAACCCUAUAAAAAGAAACAAGACGAAGUCCUAUGUUUUGUGAAAGAAGAUGAAACUGUGCUAGAGAAAGAACCAAAUGACAUGUGA